AUGCCGCGGGGCCCUGAGGUCCCGGUUCAGGUAUGGGUGGGAGGCCAGCUCUUCCAAGCUGACCAGGCACUGCUGGUGGAGCACUGUGGCUUCUUCCGCGGCCUCUUCCGCUCCGGCAUGCGGGAGGCUCGCGCUGCAGAGGUGCGCCUGGGCGCGCUGAGCGCGGGUGGCUUCCGCACCACGCUGGAGGUGCUGCGAGGCCAGCGGCCGGCACUGGCGGCCGACGAUGAGCUGCUGCAGGCGGUGGAGUGCGCCGCCUUCCUGCAGGCGCCGGAGCUGGCGCGCUUUCUGGAGCACAGCCUCACGUCGGACAACUGUGCGUUGCUGUGCGACGCCGCCGCCGCCUUUGGCCUGAGAGACUUGUUCCACAGCGCUGCGCUCUUCAUUCGCGAUGGCGAGCGCGAGCUGGCGGCCGAUUUGGUGCUGCCCGAGGCCCGCGCCUACGUGGCGACCCUGCGGCCCAGCAGCUAUGUGGCCUUGAGCACUCACACGCCUGCACCUGGCUUCCUGGAAGAUGAGUCACGCACAAUGUGCUACCUGGACGAGGAGGAGGACGUGUGGCGCACGCUGGCCGCGCUGCCCCUGGAAGCCAGCACAAUGCUGGCAGGAGUGGCCACGCUGGGCAACAAACUCUACAUUGUGGGUGGCGUGCGUGGCCCCAGCAAGGAGGUGGUGGAGCUGGGCUUCUGCUACGACCCCGACGGAGGCACGUGGCGCAAGUUCCCCAGCCCACACCAGCCACGCUAUGACACGGCACUGGUGGGCUUCGACGGCCGCCUCUACGCCAUCGGAGGCGAGUUCCAGAGGAUGACCAUAAGCUCGGUGGAAUGCUACGACCCGGCCACUGGCUGCUGGAGCUUCAUGGCUGACCUGCCACAGCCGGCCACAGGGGUGCCCUGCGCCCAAGCGCGUGGCCGCCUCUUCGUGUGCCUGUGGCGGCCGGCAGACAUCACCGCAGUUGUGGAGUAUGCGGCGCGGACUGACGCGUGGCUGCCAGUGGCCGAGUUGCGGCAUCCGCAGAGCUACGGCCACUUCAUGGUGGCCCAUCGUGACAGUCUCUACGUGGUGCGCAAUGGACCUUCCGACGACUUCCUGCACUGCGCCAUCGACUGCCUCAACUUGACCACGGGCCAGUGGACGGAGCUACCUGGCCAGUUUGUCAACAGCAAGGGAGCACUUUUCACUGCGGUAGUGCGCGGCGACACCGUCUAUACUGUCAACCGCGUGGUCACGCUGUUGUACGCCAUCGAGGGUGGCACCUGGCGGUUGCUCAGCGAAAAGAUAGGCUUUCCCCGGCCCGGCUCUUUGCAGACCUUUCUCCUGAGGCUGCCCCCUGGCGCUCCGGGGCCUGUGGCCACGGCGUUGCCAGAACUGUGA